AUGAAGUUCUCCAUCACCGCUGCUGUCCUUGCCUUCGCUGCCACCGUUGUGGCCCUCCCUGGCACUCCCUCCGCUGCCAAUGGCAACGGUAUUGCCAACGGUAACGGCAACAAGGGCAACAGCGACGUUCGCUUCCCUGUCCCCGAUGACAUUACCGUCGAGCAGGCCGAGGCCAAGUGUGGUGACCAGGCUCAGCUGUCUUGCUGCAACAAGGCCACCUACGCCGGUGACACCACCGAUGUUGACAGCGGUAUCCUCGCUGGUACCCUUGGCAACCUGCUCGGUUCCGGCUCUGGCUCCGAGGGUCUUGGUCUCUUCCAGGAGUGCUCCAAGCUCCCCAUCGAAGUCCCCAUCAUCGGUGUUGCUGUCCAGGAUAUCGUCAACCAGCAGUGCAAGCAGAACAUUGCCUGCUGCCAGUCGUCUCCCUCCAGCGCCGACGGCGACCUCAUCGGAGUCGGCCUUCCCUGCAUUGCCCUCGGCUCUCUCCUGUAA